GUGAGGGGUGUGAGUGUCAACUUAAGAAUGAUACAUCUUCAUCCAUUUAACCAGAUGCCCUAAAAGUUGAACUACAAUCAAGACAAGAAUCACGAUUAAGAUUAAAACCACCAACGAUAAGAGACCACUAUAGUUACAUCGACAAAAUGGAUUUCUCAAUAGGAAUGGAAUGGAGUGAAGGCGAAGAAAAGAUGCAUCGUCUUCUGCGUGUGCCACCACAGGACAACCCCACAUCAACGCAUCUUACGGCUCAAGCAUCGGCUAUGUUCCAGCGCGCUCCUCUACUCGCAUUUGGCACUUUGGAUGACCAAGCCAGACCCUGGGUCACACUCUGGGGCGGAUCACCUGGAUUUACCGAGUCAAUCGGCGGAGGCGCUGUUGGUACAUCUACGCUUGUAGACGGCAAGCAUGAUCCCGUCGUGCAAGCGCUGGUUGCAGGCAGCAAGGGAUUCGAAAAGCCGCGGGAAAGAGAAGACGCGAAGCUUGUUGCUGGAUUAGCUAUCGAUCUCAUGACGCGGAAGAGAGUCAAGACGGCUGGCCGCCUUGUUGGCUGCAUGGUGCGUGAGAUCGAAGGCAAAGCUGAUAGCGAAGAUGCUCCGGCUGAGCCACGGCAUAUAAUCCAAGUUGUCACGAUGAUUGAGCAGAGUCUAGGCAACUGUCCUAAAUACAUCAAUCAAUACGAGAUUCAUCAUGCACUUGUUUCUUCGAAACUAGUCGCUGAAGGCGCCUCGUUGUCAGACGAGGGCCGAGCCCUAAUAUCAGCAUCCGACAUGUUCUUCCUCAGCACCAGCACCCCUGACGACAUGGACGUCAACCACCGCGGCGGCCCCCCGGGCUUCGUCCGCAUCAUCUCGCCUACAGAAAUCGUGUACCCAGAGUACUCGGGCAACCGCCUCUACCAAUCCCUCGGCAACCUGCAACUCAACCCCAGAAUUGGUCUCGCAUUCCCCAACUACGCAACAGGAGAUAUCCUCUACAUAACCGGCACAGCGCAGAUCCUUGCUGGAAAAGACGCUGCAGAUAUCCUCCCCGGCAGCAAUCUCGCUGUCAAGAUUACAAUUGAGGACUCACGCUUUGUGAGCGCUGGCUUACCCUUCCGCGGCACACAAAAGACUCAAAGCCCAUACAACCCGCGCGUCCGCCCCUUGGCUUCCGAGGGAAACCUGAAAUCCAGUCUUGUAUCUUUCCGCAGUCAAACCGCACAUCUCAUCAAAAAAACCCUACUCGCACCCAGCAUCGCCCGCUUCACCUUCUCGGUGCCAGACACCGACUUCACGUACACUCCCGCUCAAUGGAUAGCACUAGACUUCAAGGAGGAACUAGGCACGGGAUACGAGCAUAUGCGCGAUGACGAUCCAACGAGUCUAAAUGAUGAUUUCGUGCGUACGUUUACUAUUUCUUCUACUCCUGCAUCUUCCGGUACAGCUGGCGAAUUCGACAUCACGAUUCGUAAAGUCGGACCCGUGACCAAGUUUCUCUUCCAGACCAACGAGCGUGCGGGGCUGGAAGUCCCAAUUCUGGGUGUUGGAGGGGGAGAUUUUGUUGUGAAGCAAGACGACCAAAAAGAGGGAGUAGUAGUACCGUUUGUAGCUGCGGGAGUGGGGAUUACGCCGUUGCUGGGGCAGGUGUUGCAGCUAGAACUUUUGCCUGAAAGGUUUCGGCUGUUUUGGGCAGUGAGGGGGGAGGAUGUCGGGUUUGCGGUGGAUGUGUUUGCGAGGUAUCCGGGGCUUGCUGGGUGUACGAGAGUGUUUUUGACAGGGAAGGAGGAGGAGGGAGAGGUAGGUUUUGGAGAUGCGGUUGUUGAGAGGAGGAGGAUGAGGAAGAGUGAUUUGGAGAGUAUGGAGGCGGAGACGUGGUAUUUGUGUGUUGGGAAGGGGAUGAGGAAAGAGGUGUUGGGGUGGUUGGAGGGCAAGAAGGUGGUUUUUGAAGAUUUUGAUUAUUAGGGAUAGUCGUUAAGCCUCGUUGUAACCAGUAGUCUAUCGAUAUUCCAUCAACGUGUAUACCCUCAGACAUUCGUUACCUAAGCCUUGCGUUUUCUAAUCCUCACACCAACGCUGCCUGUUGGCUUCAUGGUGCCCCAAGCCGCUUUCUUGAUUGGUGGAACCGUCUUGCUUGCAGCCUCUUUGUCUACCAUUUCGAUUUCGUAUUCGCCCAUCAGAAUAGCCAGUGUGAUGAGGCCAAUGUGGCGGGCAAAAUGCCGUCCAGGACAUUUGUGUUCACCACCACCAUAGCUCGUCCAGUUGCCAGACAGACCUGCAUCGCUGAAAGUUUCCUUCUUGUCUCGACCCUUGCUGGCCACAAGGAAGCGCUCUGCCCAAAAGACAUCU